AUGCUAAAAGUUCAUUAUCAUAUUUCGGAAAUUUAUUGUUCUAGACAUCAAUUUGAAUAUUUGUAUUUUGAAAGUCAUUUGUUACCUAUGAAGGUCCCUCCACGUCCAUGGCUAGACAGAGGCAAAUGUGGCCCAAAUUAUUUUUUCAAAUCAAAAUUAAUUCGAGAUAUGGACGAAUAUCCACAUUUAAAUUUAAAUGCUGAAUUAUUGGAUAAACGUAUUGAAAAUAAAAUACAAGCUAGACCUGUUUUUGAUGCUUUGAAUGAUUUGGGUUCUACACCGUGGAAAAUUAAUGAAGUAAGAAAAAAUUUUUUAAACUUUUUUAAAGGUUUAGUUCACUUAAACAAUAUCCCUGGAUUUUUUUAUUUAUUUGGGGAGUUUUUAAAGAAACGCCCAUUUAUUUUCGUUAGCGCACCAAACGAGAAAUACCAAACUUCAAGAACCGCCGAAAUAUCAACCCUACCCAAAAAAUUCCGGUAUUUCUGCGGCGAAAUUCUCGGACAUAUGAUGAAAGCAUUAGAAAUGUCUUAUAAUUCAAAAAAUGCUUCAUUUCUCAAAAAAUUGGCAAUUCCUAGACAUCCAAAAACUUGUUGGAUUCCUUUGGAUUAUGAUAGAUUUAAAAAGCAAUAUUUAAAAAAGAAUAAAGAAGUUGAAGGAAAAAGUGAAGAAGAAUUGGAUGAAUUUAUUAGAAAAGAAUUUAAUCAUAAAAGGGCAUUAAUGACCAAAAUAAAAAAUGAGCAAAAUUCUCUUUGGUGUUGGCUAAUUUAUCGUUUAAUUUUGGCAAAACAUUAUACUAAUCAAGAUAUUUAUUUUCCUCAUAAUUUGGAUUUUCGUGGUCGUUGUUAUCCAAUUUCACCACAAAUUAAUCAUAUGGGGGAUGAUUUAAAUAGAGGACUUUUAAAAUUUGCAAAAGGAAAACCUUUGGGUGUUGAUGGUUUUCGUUGGUUAAAAUUACACUGCGUAAAUAUUACUGGAAAAUUAAAAAGAAAACCACUUUCUGAAAGACUAGAAUAUGCCGAAAAACAUUUUGACGAAAUGAUUAAAUCUGCUGAAAAACCUUUUGAAGGAGGAAAUUGGUGGUGGGAAGAUACUGAAGAACCUUGGCAAACACUUGCUGCUUGUAUAGAAAUUAGAGAUGCAAUAAAAAGUGGUGAUCCGCACAAGUUUUGUAGUCAUUUACCUAUACAUCAAGAUGGUUCUUGUAAUGGUUUACAACAUUAUGCAGCACUUGGACGUGAUCUUAAAGGGGCGGUUGGAGUUAAUCUUGUACCUUCCGAAGUUCCACAAGAUAUUUAUACAACUGUAUUGGAACGGGUUGAAAAAUUUCGAAAAGAAGAUGAGGAAGACGUAACGAGUAAAUAUCAUGAAAUUUCAAAAGAAAUGAGAGAAUUUAUAAGUGGGCCAAUUGAAAGAAAAAUAAUUAAACAAACGGUAAUGACUGUAGCUUAUGGUGUAACUCAUUAUGGUGCAAGAGAACAAAUUAGACGACAAUUAAUUACUAUUGAUAUUCCAGACAGAAAUAAGGAGGCCUCUCGUUUUGCAACAUAUUUGACAAAGCGAACAUUUGAUGGACUAACAGACGCUUUUGAAAAUUCAAAGAAUUUAAUGAUUUGGUUUAAAUCUUGUGCUGGUCAAGUCCUAAAAUUAAGACAACCUUUAGAAUGGGUUACACCUCUUGGUUUACCUGUUGUUCAACCAUAUGUUACUGUUGAACAAGUAGAUGAUGCUCUAGCUUUUUUGCCGAUUCGACAUAAACAAAUGAAUGCUUUCCCUCCAAAUUUUGUUCAUUCACUCGAUUCAACUCAUAUGAUGCUUACUUCCCUUUAUUGCCGAAAACUUGGAAUAACAUUUGCUGCUAUACACGAUUGUUAUUGGACACAUGCUUGUGAUGUUGAUGAAAUGAAUAAGAUUUGUCGAGAACAAUUUAUUGCCCUACACAAACAGCCAAUAAUUCAAAAAUUAUCUCAAUCAUUCAAUUCAACAUAUUUAACGGAUUCUAUCCGUGAAAAAAUGCCGGAAAAGCUUGUAUCAGAUAUAAGCAAUGUUUUUGAUUCAUCAUCAUUAAAAUUAGGAGAAUUAGAUAUUAAUGAAGUACUAAAGUCAACGUACUUCUUUUGUUAA